UUCACUAAUUCAUGUUUUAGUCUGAGUUUAAUUUGCUCCUACCAGUAUGUGUUAAUUGUUUAUUUCAAGACAUGGACAAACUGCGAGUUUUCCUUUUUGUUUUAUUAACAUGGAUCUCAUCUUCCCUUUCUAAAAAUUCAUACCUUGUUAUGCUCCCAAGGAUGGUUCGCCCAAACCUUAGAGUACGGGUAAAUGUCCAGCUUCUGAACGUCCCGGGUGGUGGCCCCGGAACCACGGUGGUGGUCAGUCUACUGGACAGAAGCAACACCACUCUCGUAUCUGAAAGGAGGAAGACGGAUCCCGGAAAUCCAACAAUGCUUACAAUUCCUUUAAUGAUGCCCUCCACUUUAUCCUCUGGAGAAAAGUAUGUCAUUGUUAUUCAGGGAGAGGGAGGUGUCAACUUCAGUAACUUCAGAAUGCUAGAAAUCAAUCCUAAAUUCUCCUCUGUGAUGAUCCAAACGGACAAAGCAAUCUACAAACCUGGUCAAACAAUUCAUUUCCGUGUCUUUGGAAUAUACCCAGACUUAUCCGUUGUAAAUCAAAACAUUGAUGUUGAAAUACACGACCCUCUUGGAAAUAAAAUCGCUCAGUGGAAUAAUAAGGUUCCUGAUAAUGGAGUGUUUACAGACAGUUUAGUCAUGUCGGAGCAUCCUGUACUCGGGGAGUGGAAGAUAAAGGCUGUGCAAGGGAAUGAAGCCCACACAAAGACAGUAACUGCAGAUGAGUAUGUAUUGCCAAAGUUUGACGUAACCUUGGAUCUUCCUCCAUAUGGACUGAGCAACAGAAAUCUGACUGGCAUUAAAGUCAUCUCCAAGUAUACAUUUGGUAAGCCCGUGAAGGGACAAGUUGACAUUAGGAUCAUCCGGCCCUUCCGCAGAAGAACUAGUCCGUGGUUCAUCAAGAACAGGAAGAAACAUGGUCUCGUGAACGAAAUUUCUCAUACCGCACCGAUAAAUGGCGAAUAUAAGUUUGACGUGGAGAACUCUAAGCUUCGGAGUCUUGAUAAAAGGCUGGACUACGGAGAACUGUUGUUUGAAGUGAACGUCACAGAGGCAAUAACUGGGCUUAGACAGAACGCUUCUGGAACUGUCAGAUUCUAUCCAUUUGAAAACAAAGUUGAAUUCCUCGAGUCUCUGCCAAAGACGUUUAAACCUGGUCUUAAAUAUACAGUCCUGGGAAAAGUAACCCGUCAGGAUGACUCCCCGUUUCCCUCCCGACAGCCUCUAGGGUCAAACUAACCAUGACCCACACCCUGCCACUUCCGUCAACCACCACCUCCAC